CUUGACCAGAUUUCCCAGGAGUCUGUGUUGUGUUUCUUUCAUAUACACUACAGUACAUAGCUGGCACCAGUGGAGCAGAGGGAAAACUCACACUUGCACAUAUUUGUGUUGCUGGGAGCUGAGAAUAUGCCAAGUGCUUCCUGAAUGCUUCAACAGAUCCGGCUUAGAGCUCACAAGUCCAUGCCAUAACACAGAGUUGACUAAAAAAAAUCUGGACUACUCAAAAUGAAACAAUAUUCAACCAGCCAGGGAUUAAAAGCAAUACAAGGAUAUGAGAAGCAGAGGAACAUUUUACACACAUACAACACUCAAAUCUAAGAGAAAAUCUGCCCUGGUCUUCAUCAAGGUCUUCUGUAUCUGCAAUCAUGAAGGACCGCAUGGAGGAGUUGCGUCAGCGAAUGAAGGCCAGCGAUAAGCCGGUGGACAACAACCCCUUCAACGAGGAGGAGGAGGAGGAGGACAUGGACCCGUCCUCGCUCAUAGGCCUGCAGGCCGUGAUCUUCGAGACAGAGCCGGUCCUGGAGAUCUUCCUGAAGGAGGCUCAGAGCAUUCGUGACAGCAUCGAGGAGCUGAACUCUGAAGUCAGUAAGUUCAGUCAGCAGCAGAGCAACUUUGUGGCCACCAUCAGGCGCCUCAGCAUCAUGAAAAAGGAGAGCAGCAUGACACGAGACAUCAAGCUGUUGGCCGAGAGCCUGCAUAAAAGGUUAGACAUGCUUUCCAAGCAGGCUAAGCAAACCGAGGACGAGCUGGGCCCGGAUGUCGCCACGUCCCGUAUCCAGAAGGCCCAGCACGCAGCCCUCUUUCGCCAGUUCCAGCAGGUAAUGCGCCAACACAAUGACUCGAUCCUGAGCAAGCAGAACAAAUGCAAGCAGUUCAUCAUCCGGCAGUUGGAGGUAUCGGGCCGCGAGGUGUCCGAAGAUGAGGUGGACAACAUGAUAGAGCAAGGCAAGUGGGAGAUCUUUAAUGAGAACAUAAUAGUGGAUGCAAAGAUCACCCGUACGCAGCUCUCAGAGAUCGAGCAGCGCCACAAAGAGCUCCUGAACCUGGAGAGCAACAUGAAGGACCUGCGAGAUCUCUUUCUAGAAGUGUUCAUGCUGGUGGAAGAACAAGGCCACCAGAUCGAGAACAUACAAGCCAAUGUGGAGAAGACGCAAGAUUAUGUAGCAGUCACGAAGGAGAAGUUCAAAAUGGCUGCGAGAUACAAGAAGAAGAACCCUCUCAGAAGACUGUGCUGUUGUUGCUGUCCUUGGUUCAGAUAGCAGAGCAAGGCUGGCAGAAUAAACCAUGGGAACAUUGCUCGUUCAUUGUGCUCUCCAGGGCUGAAUACACUAACUGCAGACAUUGACCUCUGUCUGAUGAAGAUAAAAAGCAAGGGCACAAAGCACUUUUUUUUGUUGAAAAUAUUAAAAUAGGAAGACUCUUAAAAAUGAAGGUUCCAAAAGGGGGUUUUCACAGCGAUGCCAAAGAACCUUUGAGUGAACAGUUCUUAAAAGAACCAUUUUUUCUUAUUGUAAAAAACAUUUUAAGAAUCUUUCUCCACCGUAAAGAACCUUUUGUGUAAUGAAAAGAUUCCAUGAUUGGUAAAGGUUCUUUGUGGAACCAUUGAUGCCAAUAAAGAACCUUUAUUUUUAAGAGUGUUGCAAUGAAGACCUUUAGCUUCAAAUGGUCACAGAAUUCACAAAAGAUUAUUAUGUUUUGUUACAUUACAUAAGUUAUGUAAGAGUUAAUCAAAGGCAAGUUUAUUUUAUAUUUAUUAUUGUGGAAAAGGUGCACUAUUUUGGAAGUUGCCAACGUAUUUAGCUGACUUCAGUUUUUUAUGUCAGAAUUAUUUUACAUUUGUCUUCACUAAUGUAUUGUCUGCGUUAUGUUGAUCAAAUAUUUAAGCUAAAAAUAGAUAUUCUGUUAUAAGAGAUAAGACUAAGCAAAUACGUCCUUUUUUUUCAAGCAAAAGGACUUUGAUAGAUUUCUGCAAGAUUUAAACGUUUUAUGCGUUUUGGUUUUUCAUUAAGCUACACAACAAUGGCAUAAUGGGGGGACUGAAAUGCAAACUUUUGAAAUUGUGUUUCAUUUACUUCUCAAUUGUUAUAGAAUGAAUGAAAUAAGUCAGAAAAUAAAUAUAGCCUAUGAAU